GUGGCGCGGGCACGUGCGCUCCCGGCUGCACCCCCGAUGCCUCCGUCGCCCUCUUCCGCGCGCUAGUGUCCUUCUGACAGCGCGGCUCCAUGCGAUGCUCCGCGCGCCCGUCUCACGUGCCCCGCGCCACGCUGUCGGUUGCCAUCGCGGUCCCGGCUCAGGCUGCUACUCUCUCUCCUACGCCGCGCCCCCACGCGCACGGACGGAGGCGCCUCCCUCUCCUGUCGCCGUUGCAACCGACAGCUCGCUGGAUUCUCCUCCUCCUCCUGAGUAGCCAACGAUCGCAUGGGGAUCGCGCAGGCGGCUGCCCCGCUGCAUCUCGCGUGCUCCGCGCGGCCCACCGGCGCGGCGCCCCCGACGCCCGCGUCACUCGGAGUGGGAGCAGCCCGUCCAAGGAAGUGCGGGACCAGUGGACGGGGGACAAGGGCCGAGAGCGCCCCGCGGCGCCCCAACUCGAUGCCCGACACGCGAGCGCACCACCACGAUCGGGGCUUCGAGAUCAGCGAUGUGGGCGGGAGAGCGCACCACCACGGCGGCGCGGGCGCCAGGCCGCACGCACAGGCCUCUUGGAGGAGGCGCGGUGCCGCGGCGGUGGAGGACGAAGGGUGGGAGCUCCUUCAGGAGUCGGUGGUGCGCUACUGCGGAAGCCCCGUGGGGACGAUCGCCGCGUGCGACCCGGACGACGCCAGCCCGCUCAACUACGACCAGGUGUUCAUCAGGGACUUCGUGCCUUCGGGCGUCGCAUUCCUGCUCAAGGGGGAGUACGACAUCGUCCGCAACUUCAUCCUGCACACGCUGCAGCUCCAGAGCUGGGAGAAAACGAUGGACUGCCAUAGCCCAGGUCAAGGCUUGAUGCCAGCUAGCUUCAAGGUGCGUGUCAUUCCUCUUGAUGGUGACGAUGAUGCCACUGAGGAAGUCUUAGAUCCUGAUUUUGGUGAGGCUGCAAUAGGCUGUGUGGCCCCGGUUGAUUCAGGUUUAUGGUGGAUCAUAUUGUUGAGGGCAUAUGGAAAAUGUUCAGGGGAUCAGUCAGUUCAGGAGAGAAUUGAUGUGCAGAGGAGAAUACAAAUGAUCUUGAAGCUUUGUUUAGCUGAUGGUUUUGACAUGUUCCCCACAUUGCUGGUCACCGAUGGCUCUUGCAUGAUAGAUCGUCGAAUGGGAAUACAUGGGCACCCAUUGGAAAUUCAGGCGCUGUUCUAUUCAGCUCUCUUGUGUGCACGUGAGAUGCUUGCCCCAGAAGACGGUUCAGAUGACCUAAUCCGUGCCUUCAACAACAGGCUUAUUGCACUCUCUUUUCAUAUUAGAGAGUAUUACUGGCUUGACAAGAGAAAGCUAAAUGAGAUAUAUCGAUACAAAACAGAAGAAUAUUCUUAUGAUGCUGUGAACAAGUUUAACAUAUAUCCAGAUCAGAUUCCUUCCUGGCUAAUUGACUGGAUUCCUCCUAAAGGAGGUUACUUCAUCGGAAACCUGCAGCCAGCUCACAUGGAUUUCCGAUUCUUUUCUCUGGGAAACUUGUGGUCAAUAAUAAGCAGUUUAGCAACCACCCAUCAGUCUCAUGCAAUUUUGGACCUGAUUGAAGCCAAAUGGUCUGAAUUGGUGGCAGAGAUGCCAAUGAAGAUAUGCUAUCCUGCCCUUGAGGAUCAAGAGUGGAAAUUCAUUACUGGGAGUGACCCCAAAAACACACCUUGGUCUUACCACAAUGGAGGUUCCUGGCCAACAUUGUUGUGGCAGCUCACGGUGGCAUGUAUCAAGAUGAACAGGCCGGAGAUCGCAGCAAGAGCUGUGGAGGUGGCCGAGAGGCGUAUUGCCACAGACCAUUGGCCCGAAUACUACGACACCAGGCGAGGACGGUUCAUCGGUAAACAGGCUCGCCUCUUCCAAACCUGGUCUAUUGCCGGAUUUCUUGUGGCAAAGCUUCUGCUAGAGAAACCUGAUAAGUCUCGGAUGCUCUGGUGCAACGAGGACGAGGAAAUCUUCAACGCUCUGAGUCUCAUUGCUGACGCCUCCAGUCCGACGAGGAAGCGUAGCAGGAAACUAGUGAAGACCUAUAUCGUGUAAGUUCAGCAGCAGUUUCAACCCUGGGGGUCAUAACAUAGGAAAAGAAGGGAUCCCUGUGUAAAUUUUUGUAGAGAAAACGCAUACUGCGAUAUACUGUUAUAAUAUCAAAUAAUAUCUGAGGUUUAUUGCGGUUACGAAAUUA